AUGACUCUGGAAAUAGUAGUCAGACGAGAACUGAUCAAAUCAAGACCAACCCAUGUUCAACUCCCGCACAAAAUGUUUACUUUCAAACCACUUGACCUUAGUCAAGUCUUCAAGCAAAGGUGCUUGGGACUUGACAAGACAGCAAAUGGGAGAAAGUUCCCAAAACGACAGUAUAUCUACAGAAGAGCAAUGCUCCAACCUAACAAAAGGCGACCAACAUCAAGAAAUAACAAGGAGCACCGAAAGUCAAAAUGUGCUGAAAAUUAUCAGAUCACACCACCAUUACUCCCUCCUCUGAAAACGGAAUUUGGAUUAAUAUGUCAAAAUAUCAGCUACCCACAAAACCAAAUCAAUCAAGAAGCACUCUCCAAACCUACUAUUCAGGCAUACAGAACAACAAUCAAAAACAAAAUCUUUACUUUCAACUUGCCGAGUAUGACAUGUGAAAGUAUUCUUAAAGAUACCAAACGAUAUUUGACACCGUUUGAACAGAAUGAAAUUAAAGAAUAUAGAAAAGUUUGGUUCGUAGGAAAAAAAGACAGUAAAAUUCGGGCAUUAACUACAUCUGAGGAGGCCAAGUCAUUUGAUGAUGACCAAGGAUUCUACAGACCAAGGAUUGGAGACCACCUGGCUUAUCGUUUUGAAAUACUGAGGGUGAUAGGAUCGGGAUUUGCUGGCAAAGUCCUCAAGUGUAAGGACCACAAGACAACAAUGCUCGUGGCAGUCAAGGUCUUUCGAAACACAUCCGAGGGUCAUGGUUUUGCGGAGGCGGAACUAAAAGUUUUAAAGACCCUGCAAAAGUUAGACAAGAGCAACAAAGCUAAUAUAGUUCACAUGAAGGAGUACUUUUACUUCCGCAACCAUCUGUGCAUCACUUUUGACCUCUUUGAAAAAGACCUCUUCAAGGCCCUAAUGCAGACCAAAAUGCGACGACUCCAUGACGGGGACAUCAGAAAGUACGCCACAGAUGUGCUUAGGUGUCUUCAAGUGCUCAAAGGCAUGAAGAUUGUUCACGGUGACCUAAAACCAGAAAACAUCCUGUUAGACAAGGAAAACAAUGCUGCAGUGAGCGAUUUUGGAGGAUGCAUUUUUUUGAAAGACCAUGAUAGACCAACGAUUUACACUCUACCGUACAUGUCUCCAGAGCUGCUCCUUGGCAAAACAUCUACCCCAGCAACUGACAUGUGGAGCCUAGGCUGUAUGUUGGCUGAACUCGACAGAGGCUACGCGCUCUUUAGUGGCCAUACCAAGGCAGACAUGUUCUACUCUAUCACAAGAGUGCUUGGCGUUCCACCAGUGGAAAUGCAGAUUGAAGCAAAUGAAAAGAAAUUCCGCAUUGGUAGCCCAGAGAUGGAAGCCUCAAAACACCCCAAAAAUACACUGGCAAUGAGGAUAAGGUCAAGCAAUCCAAAAUUUCUGGAUUUCAUUUCAUACUGCUUAGAAUAUGAUAUAAAGAAGAGACUCACACCAGAGCAGGCUUUGCAUCAUCCAUGGAUCCUAAAUGAAGACUUGCCUAAACCACUGAAGACGAGUCUUAAAAUGAGUGUCAGAGCAGCCAAAAGCAGCUUACUAAAGAGAGAGAAAAUGGCACCGCCACUGUUGCAGCCAUUGGUACCAUAUAAAUAA